AGAAAAAAAAUUAAAAAAAAUCAUCGAAACCAGUUUUAUAUUUCGUUUUUAUCUGAGAGAGCUUCUUCUUCGUCUUCUUCGUUUUGCGAAACCCUAAUCUUCGAGUUCUGCUACAUUCUUCCGGGAAACUUGUACUCUUUCCGGCGGGAUCUCGAAUCUGUAUUCUCAGCUGCUGAAAUCUCCGGGGAAUGCAGAGAACGUUUUGCUGCGAGGUGGAGAACGGUUGGAAGGAAUCCCUCUCUCAAGGGAUUGUAAUCGUAGGGCCUAAGGCAAGAACAAGGGACAAACCUUGGGAUCAUCUCUAAUCUUUUGGUAUUUCAUUAGUACAGAAGCAACAUGACUCGGAUUUUGGUUCAACGUGGUUCGUCAGGCACUUCUUCCAACUCAACCCGCUCUUCUUCCUCGUCUGGCUCAGCUUCUUCCUCAGAAACAGAGUCACAGAUAAACAAUAAUAAUACUCCGGUAACGAUCGAUGAAGAAAUUACUGAUGAGAAAAAAGAAGAUGAGGUUUCCGUUGUUGAUCAACCAGAGUGUUCUUCUGAUGCUAAGAAUGUAGUAGUGGACAGUGAUGUACCUGUGGAUAGAGAAGAUGAUGAAAGUUUGGUAGUUUCAGAAAAUGUUCAUGUUGAGAGUGAAGGUAUAGAUUGUGAUUCUCCAGUUAGUGGUGGCAGUAACCCUGAUUCACCACCCGUACCAGCUCCGCCUCCAAAACCUUCUCCUACUGUCAAUCCUGGUAAUAACAGAUCGGUCUUGGGAACUUUUGACGCUAUACGAAUUGGACCAACACGAAGAGGUACUGGGCCUCGCUCUCUUGUUAAUAGGAGUUCGCCAACUGGGUCACAUCCUUCUUCUCCAAGAUCACACAGUGAGAAUGAAGGAUAUAACAGUUCUGAUGAGCAUAUGCCAUGCUAUGUGUCUUCUCAUCUUGGCUCCAGCUCUGGCCCGGAAAGAGAACACCAGUUUGAAGCAGAGAUUAAUGAAUCAAAAGGCUUUGAAAUUAGGCGGAUGUUGGAAGAUGGAAAUUGUCUUUUUCGGGCUGUUGCAGAUCAAGUAUAUGGGGAUUCAGAGGCAUAUGACUUGGCUAGGCAAAUGUGCAUGGAUUACAUGGAACAAGAGAGGGAUCACUUUUCUCAGUUCAUAACCGAAGGUUUUACCUCUUACUUGAAGAGGAAAAGAAGAGAUAAGGUCUAUGGAAACAACGUAGAAAUCCAAGCUUUAGCAGAAAUGUAUAAUAGGCCAAUCCACAUUUACUCAUAUAGCACAGAGCCUAUCAACAUAUUUCAAGGAAACUACAGCACGGAUACACCUCCCAUAAGGCUAAGCUUCCACCACGGGAAUCAUUAUAAUUCUUUGGUGGAUCCACAUCGGUUGACAGUUGGUGCAGGACUUGGAUUUAGUAGUCUCAGUGGGAGACACGUGGACAAGGAACAGGUGAAAGCUGCUAUAAAGGCUCAGCAAGAACAUCAGAUUGAUAAUGCGCUCUUAGCAGAAGGGAGAUUUUACUCUGACCUUGAGCUUACGGAAAAGGAAAUCGAGCGGUCGGUAAUGGAAGCUUCCCGUGCUGAGUAUCUUAUGGAAUGGUCUAAGCCACGAAUCGGCCCAAAGGAAUCAUCCACCUCUAAUGCUGAGACGUCGUCUUCUGGAGCUAGACCUUCAGGCAGUGAUUCGAAAGCAGAGGAGGCAGUAAAAGAAAAGGUGGUGCUGAGCAGCAGCAUCGAGAUGGUAUUGUCGAUGGGAUUUAGCUACACGCAGGCCAUGGAGGCUUAUAGCAUUUUUGGGGAUGACGUUGACUCAAUGGUCUGUUACGUAGUGGAGACGAGCUGUGGCGGCAACAAUCGACGCAAAGGAAAGGCCACAGAAUAGAGAAUGUAUCUGUAUUACUAGUAUAUGAAAUACGAAUUCGUAUUCCUACCAACGUUGGGCGAUUACCCUUGUCAGAAUAAUGAAUAAACUUUGUGCAUCAUGACAUAGACAUGUAUCAUCAUGUAUGCGUAUGUUUGUGGCCUCUGUACUAUAGUUGUUCAAGUUGAAUAAGAGAGAAAAAGCACUUAAAUCUU